GAAGUCGGCGAAAAGGGUCUCGGCGCUCUUUUACAUGUCCUAAACGAGGAUCGGGCAGAUAUAGACACGACAAAGGCGAUUCUCGAAGUUCUAAAUAUUUUGUGCACUCCAGAUGGGCAGCAGGAUCCUGCUGCUGAUCUGGGUGUUAAAUUCACUGAUGAAAUUGUACAUGAUUCUGCUAAUAUAAAUUUACUCUUGGAUAUUUUGCAAGAAUAUGAUUUUUAUGUUCGUUUUCACAAUAUUCAGUUAUUGGGAACUUUAUUGUCUAUUAGACCAGAUCGUGUGCAAGAUUGCAUAUUAACUGCACCAAUGGGCAUUUCACGCUUGAUGGAUUUGUUAGAUGAUCGAAGGGAAAUUAUUAGAAAUGAAAAUUUGCUUUUACUUAUUGCCCUUACUGAAAAUAAUGCCGAUAUUCAAAAAAUUGUCGCAUUCGAGAACGCAUUUGAAAGGCUUUUAGAAAUAAUUGCAGAAGAAGAUGGCUUAAGUGGUGGAAUUAUUGUUCAAGAUUCAUUAUUAGGCUACUCCCAAGAUUAUAAACACAAAAAUUAUGAAGUUGAGUUUUUAGUUCAAGAAUGGCAGGAACAAAAAGUUACCAACACUAUUGUUCUAUUAGAAUUGAUUCGGAUAUUAGUAGUACCUAAUAAUAUUAAUACGUUAACUAAUCAGAAUGUUAUGGCUCAAUGUGGGGUAUUGAAAACGGUAGUUGAACUUGCCUUAUCUUCGAAUGCUCCUUCGUCAGUAAAAGCCCAUUCUCUAUACGCUUUGGCAGAUCUUAUACGUGGAAACAGUUCUAAUCAAGAAUUUUUGGCACGGACAGUUGUUUCAGUUCCCUAUUCACCCCAACGUCCGAAUUCCACACAGGAUUCAGCACCUGACUCUCAUUCGAAAAGUAAUCUAGAGCAAAUUUCAACUCUUCCUCCACGUCCUACAGUCAUGGCAAUUAUUGCCGUUGCUGUUGGGGCUGAACAUAUAGAAAGUUAUACCACUCGAGCUGCAGCUACAUAUGCUUUUGAGUGUUACACAUAUAAUAAUCCUAAUGCACAAGUUGCAUUGGCAUCUACAUUGACUCCUCCCCCUGAUGAUAAUCCUAAUUCAAAUAUGAAUACAGCUAAACCUCAAUCAGCUGGUUCAUUAUUACUCUCAGCUCUUUUGGAAUGGGAAGAUUCGGAGGCGGAUCCAUAUGUAGUGUGGUUCUCAUCCAUUAUUUUUUCUCAUAUUCUUAUGAAUAAUGAAAAAUCUAAAGAAUUAGCUCGUGGAAUUAUGAUUGGAGAAGAUAAUGCAGAUGACCAUCAUAUUCCUUUGUUGCACUCUAUUGUGGGGAAUUUAAUAUUGGCAACAAGACAAAAUGCGGAUCUAAUUGGGCCUAUAACUCAAUCUUCUGGUGUAGAUUCAAGAGUACAAGGUUUAUGUGCAUUUUUGCUAGCUGAUCAAUUUAUGAAUCGUAUUACACGACUAAGGGAAUCACCUCAUUUUAAACAUGUUCCUCAAUAUAUGCAGGUUUCUCCAGAAGAAGAAGCUAGAGGGUUGCCAGAAUUAUAUUUUGAAUAUGCAUUUGUCGAAUUCUUCAAAAAUAACUAUGGAAGUGAUUUUCAAAACGAUCAUGAUUCAACGAUUUCAUCUUUUAAAUCUGUUAUACAGAUUCAAGAGCAAGAAAUUAUUGAGCUAAAAGAAACGAUAAGACAACUUGCAGAACAGUUGGAAAAUCAGAAAUCAUCUUCCGAACAACAAAUAUCUUCAUUACAAGAGGAAAUACAAUCGCUGAAACAAACUAUAGAAACCCAAAAAUCUGAACGCGCAAAAUUAGAAAAAGAACAUGAAGAUUUGUUUGUUUGUCUUGCAGAUCAAGAUGCAAAUAUCAAAAAGUAUAGAGAGAGAUUGGUUGAACUUGGAGCUGAAGUUUCGGAUAUUGAAGAGGACGAAGGGGAUGAUGACGACGAUGACGAGUAA